GCCAGGCCCGGCGGGCGGCUCUCCAGGCCGCGGCGGGGCCGUGAGGCUGUGUGAGCGCUCGGUGCCCGCCGCGGAGCCGGGGCCGGAGCAGCUCCCCAGAGACCCGCGGCUGCCGCCGCCGCCCCCGGGCCGAGCCGGGCCGGGCCGGGCCCAUAGAGCACGCAGCGCCGGGAUAGAACGGCCGCGCCGGGGCCGCAGCGCCCCCCGGCGGCGACUGGCGGGGGCGGCGCGGAGCGAGCAGAGAAAGGGAGCAGGGACAGUAAUGGCGGCCAGUUAGAGCCGGGCUGAGCCCGAGAGGCGGCAGCGACAGCGGCGGGAGGAGCCGGCGCGGCUCCGGUUGCGUCUCUGCCCGGCAGAGCGGCUUCCCCGGAGGGCUCUUCUUCCUUCCUCCCUCCUCCCCCCUUUCCCCCCUCUCCCUCCCCUUCCCCUCCCUGCCUGAGCCCCCGCCUGUCCGCCCUCCCUCCCUCCUCCCUCCGCGCCGGCGGCGGCGGCGGCGGCGCCCCCCGUGUCCCCCCUCGCCGGGGCCAUGGUGAACACCAGGAAGAGCUCUCUGCGCCCCCUGGGCAAAGCGGCGGCCGCGGCGGCCGGGGCCGGCAGCCAUUUCAUCUCGUCCCGCACCCGCUCUUCUAAGAGGGGCACCAAGGCAGAUGCGGCCGGGCUGGAGGAGACGGCGGCAGCGCGGAAAGAUGAAGGUAGUGAUGCUAGUUUGAGUGAUAGCCACAUAUCUCCUCCUGCCAAACGUACCUCAAAACAUGCUGAUCCUGUGGGCAAAGACAAAUCGAAAUCGCGCGGUACUGGGCAACGAGAGGAAUGGAGCAUCUCAACUGGACAGUCCAGGUUAACUUCUCAGCCUGGUGCUACACUACCAAAUGGACGUAGCUUAUCUCUCAAAAGCCACCCCCUUCGAGGGGAAAAAAAGGGAGAUGGGGACCAUGCUUGCAUAAACGGAGAUAUAGAAGUCAGAAAAAGUUGUCGGUCCAGGAAAAACAGAUUUGAAACUUUGAAUCAGAGUUUAUUGUUUGAUCAGCUAGUAAACAGUACUGCUGAAGCUGUCCUGCAGGAAAUGGAUAAUAUUAACAUCAGGAGGAACAGGCGAUCUGGGGAAGUAGAACGUCUGCGGAUGUGGACAGACACAGAAUUCGAAAACAUGGAUAUGUAUUCUCGAGUGAAAAGAAGGAGGAAGUCACUGAGGAGAAAUAGCUAUGGGAUUCAGAACCACCAUGAAGUGUCCACAGAAGGGGAAGAAGAAGAGUCUCAGGAAGAAGAUGGAGAUAUAGAAGUAGAAGAAGCUGAGGGGGAAGAAAAUGAUCGGCCAUAUAAUCUCAGACAGAGAAAAACUGUUGAGAGAUACCAGGCCCCUCCAAUAGUGCCAGCUCAUCAAAAAAAGAGAGAAAACACGCUGUUUGAUAUUCACAGAUCUCCUGCAAGAAGAAGCCAUAUCAGGAGAAAGAAGCACGCCAUUCACAGCAGCGAUACAACCUCUUCAGAUGAAGAACGUUUUGAAAGAAGAAAAUCUAAAAGCAUAGCCAGAGCAAGAAAUAGGUGCCUGCCUCUAAACUUCAGAGCAGAAGACUUAGCUAGUGGAAUCCUUCGGGAGCGUGUGAAAGUUGGGGCAAGUUUGGCUGAUGUUGACCCAAUGAUUGUUGAUAAAUCGGUGUGUUUUGAUAGUAUAGGGGGAUUGAGCCAUCAUAUCCUUGCACUUAAGGAAAUGGUAGUGUUUCCUCUUCUCUAUCCAGAAAUAUUUGAAAAAUUCAAAAUUCAACCACCAAGGGGCUGUUUAUUCUAUGGUCCUCCUGGAACAGGUAAAACCUUGGUAGCUAGAGCUCUAGCUAAUGAAUGCAGUCAAGGAGACAAAAAGGUGGCUUUCUUUAUGAGGAAAGGAGCAGACUGUCUCAGUAAGUGGGUUGGUGAAUCUGAACGUCAGCUUCGACUCCUUUUUGAUCAGGCAUACUUGAUGAGACCCUCUAUAAUCUUUUUUGAUGAAAUAGAUGGUUUGGCUCCAGUUCGUUCUAGCAGACAAGAUCAGAUUCACAGCUCUAUAGUAUCUACUCUUCUUGCCCUCAUGGAUGGACUGGAUAACAGAGGUGAAAUAGUUGUAAUUGGUGCUACAAACAGACUGGAUUCUAUAGAUCCUGCACUCAGGAGACCUGGUCGCUUUGACAGGGAAUUUCUUUUCAACUUGCCUGACAAGAAGGCACGAAAGCACAUUUUGCAAAUUCAUACCAGGGAUUGGAACCCCAAAUUGUCAGAUCCUUUCUUAGGAGAACUGGCUGAAAAAUGUGUUGGGUACUGUGGAGCUGACAUAAAAGCACUUUGCACUGAGGCUGCCUUGAUUGCCCUGAGACGCCGCUACCCCCAGAUCUACAUGAGCAGCCAGAAGCUGCAGCUGGACGUGUCCUCGGUGGUUCUGAGCGCGCAGGAUUUCUACCACGCCAUGCAGAACAUCGUGCCGGCCUCCCAGCGCGCCGUCACCUCCUCGGGCCACGCGCUGUCCCCCGUCAUCCGGCCGCUCCUGGAGCGCACCUUCAGCAAGCUCCUCGAGGUCUUGCACAAAGUGUUCCCCCACGCUGAAUUCAGCCAGGGUGACAAAAGUGAAGAUGUACCAAGUCUAAUAUUAGAUGAUAGUGAAGAUGAGAAUGCUUCAUCAAUUUUUGAGACGAGCUGUCACUCAGGAUCACCAAAGAAACAGUCAUCAGCUGCUAUACAUAAACCCUACCUUCAUUUUACAAUGUCAGCUUAUCACCAGCCAACCUCUUACAGACCCAGAUUACUGCUCUCCGGGGAAAGAGGUUCAGGUCAGACUUCGCACCUUGCUCCAGCACUAUUGCACACCCUGGAAAAAUUCUCCGUACACAGGCUGGACCUGCCAGCCCUUUAUUCAGUCAGUGCCAAAACACCUGAAGAGUCAUGUGCACAGAUCUUUCGUGAAGCUCGAAGAACAGUACCAAGUAUAGUUUACAUGCCUCAUAUUGGUGAUUGGUGGGAAGCUGUCAGUGAAACUGUGAGAGCUACUUUCCUAACUUUGCUGCAAGAUAUACCAUCUUUCUCACCUAUAUUUCUACUGUCUACCUCUGAGUCCAUGUUUAGUGAUUUGCCUGAAGAGCUGAAGUGUAUUUUCAGAAUCCAGUAUGAAGAGGUUUUUUAUAUUCAAAGACCAAGUGAAGAAGACAGAUUGCAAUUUUUCAAAGGCUUAAUCCUUGAUGAGGCAGCAAUGCCCCCACCAAGAAGGAAACAGGCUGCUCUUCGUGCCCUGGAAGUUCUUCCUCUUGCCCUGCCGUGUCCUGCCCGGGAGCUGUCGGAGGCGGAGAAGCAGCGGAUGGAGGACCAGGAGGAGAACACCCUGCGGGAGCUGCGCCUGUUUCUCAGGGAUGUCACCAAGAGGCUGGCCACAGACAAACGCUUUAACAUCUUCAGCAAACCGGUGGAUAUUGAAGAGGUUUCAGAUUACCUUGAGGUUAUCAAAGAGCCAAUGGACCUAUCAACAGUAAUAACCAAAAUUGAUAAACACAACUACUUAACAGCCAAGGAUUUUCUAACAGACAUUGACCUGAUCUGCAGCAAUGCAUUGGAGUACAAUCCAGACAAAGAUCCUGGAGAUAAAAUAAUUAGACAUAGAGCAUGUACUUUGAAGGACACUGCUCAUGCUAUCAUUGCUGCUGAACUGGAUCCAGAAUUUAAUAAGAUGUGUGAGGAAAUCAAGGAAGCAAGAAGGAAAAGAGGCUUCUCAGUGCCAGCAGAACAGGUAAAUCCUCACGGUUCCACUGUACGGAAAACAGAAGCCAGAGUUGAAGAGGCAUUUCGGAGCAAGCAAAAACCCACCAUGGCUGUGUGGCCCAACUCUACAAAUAAAUGUGCUUUUCGAAUAAGGAGAAAAUCGAGACGGCGCUCCCAGUGGGGAAAAGGCAUUAUUAAAAAGAGGAAAGUCAAUAAUUUAAAGAAAGAUGAAGAUGAUGCAAAGUUUGCUGAUGAUGAAAAUCAUGGUGAGGACAAUAAAUUACUGGAAAAUGGAGAGCUAGAGAUCAGCACUGACUGCAUUGAGGAGAAUGGAGAGGAAACAGGAGACCUCUCUAUGACAAAUGAUGAAUCCUCUUGUGAUAUUAUGGAUAUAGAUGCAGAGCAGAGGCUUAACAAUGGGACAUCAGGAAAGGAAAACAAUUUUGCAUCCACAGAAGAGGAGAGCUCAAAUGAAUCACUGUUAAUAACUGACAGUAUUACCCUGGGUGCUGAAAAGGAAUUGAAGAAGGACUCUACCUUGAAAGGAGACUGUGUGAAUGGAGAGACAUCUGUACUUGGCUCCGAAGGUGUACCUGUUCCAGCCUGUCAUAAUGGUAAAGUAGAAUCACUUGAUGCUGUUUCACCCUGUGACAACAGUGAUUGGUCUAGUAACAAGCAAAAAUCUUUAUCUGAAGAUCAACCAAAGGAGAAAAUGGAAGCUUCCAGUGAAAAUCAAGGAACUGAUCUGGUGAAAGCCGAGUUACCACACUGCAGCAAUAAUGAGAAAACACUACAGAGCACAGACAUUGAAACUAAAGAUGCUGAAGUAGAUAAAGAAGGUUUGUUCAAAAGCAAGAAAACACGAAAAGUCACUGUGGAGCAGUCAAAGCCCACAAGUUUGGAGCAUGUUCCAGAGGAACCUUCAGAUCCUGUACCCUCUGUGGUUGUUGACCAUGACAGACUAAAGAAACUGCUUGAUUUGGUGGUUAAGAAAAGUGACAACCUGACUGUUGACCAACUUGAGAGAUUGUAUUCACUCCUCAGUCAGUGCAUCUACAGACAUCGUAGAGACUAUGACAAGUCACAACUUAUAGAGGAGAUGGAAAGAACAGUUCAUGUGUUUGAAACAUUCCUGUGAACUCGUCAAGAUGGGUGGGUUUAUCCUCUCAAACUGCUCAUCGGAGAGCAGUCCUCUGAGCCAUUCAGUUUCCAUUUGCACCAAGUAUGUGCAGAGCCUUGGUCUUAAGUGCUCUCUCUUUUUGUUUCUGUUGAAUUUGGUGCUAUUGUCUCAGGUACCUGAAACCAACCAGCCUACAAGAACCAAACGGAACUUCAUAUAGUUGUAUCUGAUAUAAAUAAAGAAUACAAUGCCACAGCUUGGAGAUUUUUGGUGCUACAGAAACUGUUCUCAUUCCUGCUCUUGUUCACUCUACAUGCAUUAUCUAUGGGGAAACUUCAGGCAAAGUGAAGACCAACACAUGCGAGAGGACUGGAAAGAGCAGAUCUAAGUUGAAUAUUUUUAAACAGGCAACUUUUUUUUAUUUUCUUUUUCCAAUUUUUCUCUUCUCUGGGGUUAUGGACAAAAAAAAUCUGUCCUAAAGAAGGCAGUGAUGCAUUGUGGUAGGAAUCUUGAGUAACUGGAUGUACAGUAAUUUGAAGAUGAGGCUCUCUAGAACUGCCUUUAAUGUGCCUUUUAGUCAAUUGAGAAAGAUAAGGCUAAGCAAUUUGUUUGGAUUAUAGCAAAUGGCAAUGUUAGAAAGCUGUCUGCAGAAUGAAGAUCUCCAAAAGGAUGAAUUGUAUUCUCUUCAUUGGAUGGCAGCCAGUAUUAUGGUUCUAUAAUGCCUGUCUUACUCUACAGAACUAAACUAAGACACACUGAAAAAGCCACAUACUUUACCAAAAUGGUGAAAUUCCUUUUUCAUUGGUAUAUAUUUUGUUUUAGAAACAAGUUACACAGUGAAACUCUUCUGUGUUGCUUAAAAUGAAGCAUUUUCCCACCGUGUCCUUGUUUUCCAGUGCGAGUUCUCUAAGGGAAGCAAGGUUAAUGCUGGCAGGUUUCGUUGGGAAGGUCUGUGUUUGUGAUGUAGCUUGGACUGUGCAGUGCAGGCAAGAAGACACUAUAGUUGGUCAAAGUCCUGGAGCCCAACCUCAGCUGAAAAUAAAAACUUCUCUUAGGUUUCACAAGUCGUUCCGUGCAAAGCAUUGUUACUGUGGGGAGGAUUGGAAGAGAGCCUUUUGAAUCCAUCUUUGCUAUGAGUUCUCUGGGUCUGAAUUGUGUGGUUCAACACCUUUCUGGCAGCUGGAGAGAACAGUCUAGGCAGUUUUUAUGUUUUAUCACAUUUUGACCAUUACCUGGGCUGGUUUAUUUCACGCCCAGGUGGGAAGUUUUCUAGAGCAGUUGCUGGUGUUCCCAUCCUGAACCGUUCAUCGUGGCUGUCCCUAUGUAGCUGCAGAAGUGUCUGUCCAGAAAUAUGCAACGCAGUGUGAUUCGUUUUUAAUAGACAAAACAGACUACUGCAGAGAUCCUGAGCUACCUCAGCUUUUUGUAUUUUAGUUACCAACAGUGUUUAUGGAGGACUGGAAUCACGCUGCUCCCCAGGCUUAGGGACUCGUCUCCACCUCUCCGGCUCAUCCCAGGGUAGUGCUGCAGAGAGAGAAAACGUGGGCCUUGGGCUACUGCAGUAAUCCAAAGUGCUUUGUCCAUUAUGGUUACAUUCAGCCUAUCUUAGAUCUUUUUUCACCCCGAAUGCCACUGUUUUUCUUCAUAGGUAAUAGCAGGAAAAGGUUUUAAGCAUUCAUGUACAUCUAGUUACACCGAAAUGCAACCCAUGCAGAAACACUGUAUUUUUUAGGUGGGAAAGUGCGAUUAAAAACAACAAAAACAAGCAGAAAACACAUUUUAAAUGAGAUGCUUUGAUCUCAGAUUUGAUUAUGGGAUUUUUUUCCAUGUUUCAUUUAGUAUUUAUUAGCAUCAUACCUGUUUGAGAUAUUUAUGUGUCUGGUACAUUAACAGCAUUUUGUAUUUUGAUGGAAAUUGUUACAAACUUUAAGAUUUGAUUAAAUGAAAUGUAGCAGAUUUUUUGUAGCAAGUUUCUGAAAAAAGGGUUUUUUGCAAGUCUCAGGUUCUUGCUGCAGAAUUUUUUAAAAAUAUUUAUUCCAGUUUCACUUACUCAAAGAAGUUUUUGUUCAAGUAACAGCAGCACUUGUGGAAGAUAAAACUGCAUUCAUUUUUAAGAAGAUAAUAAAUUUAUAUAAACUAAAACAGUUGAGAAUUUUAGUCACCAGUGAGUGUAAAAAGCAAGUUUAAGCUAAUGCCUAGCAUUAAAAAAGGUUCUAAAAGGUCAGGUUUCUAAAGGAAAAUUUUUACUGUCAGUUGUUGAUUGGGAAAAAUCAUUAAGAGGCAACUUUACUGAUUGAGGAGCUGCCAUGUUGUUUUAGAGAAACGUAGCUAAUACCAGAUGUUCUAGUGGACAGCUUACCUAAAAUGAUAUACUCGCCUUCUUAGCCCAAAUAACCACACUUCAGUUUUUGUUUUCCUUUACAGAUGUCUGGUGGUUAUAGAGUUAAAACAGCUGUUAAUCUAUCCACGUGGUCUAAACUUGUUUACUCCUUCUAUGUUUUAAUUUUUUUGCUACAUAGCACGGGCAAGAGUUUGUACAAAUUGACCUCUCUUCCUUGUUUCUUGUUGUGAAAAUUGCAAAUAAACUCCUGUGUGAGUCCUUGUCCUGGACUCUAUGGAAUGUGGCCAGCCAGGAGGAGGAGGAGGUUCCCCUGGGGGCUGGGGGGGCUGUUUUGGAGUGAUAGAGUUGCUCUUGGGUGAUGACUCUGGAGUUAAUUGUAUUUGCAAGCUUGAAUCUCACCUGUGAUUAUUUUGUUUUGUUUUGUUUUGUGUCCUCUGUAUUGUUACUUGAUUUCCUCAUAUGCCAAUGUAUUUAUAGGAUUACUGGGUUUUGUAAUAUCUUGUCUUCCUUUCUUUUUUUUUUUUUUUUUAAUUCAGUUGGUGAGUCAGCGCUGGUUUUACCUUCAGUCUCGUGAAUGGCAGGUCCUGCAGCUGAUAGUCUUUUAUUUUGUUUUUGUUUUAUUUUGUAAUCACACCAUAAGCUUGAAUUUGGGCUUGUACUUGCAUCUUUUGUAUCUUGUACAUUGGGUUAAUUAGACAUUGGGAUGUCCUGUUUGGUUUCAUUAACGUGUGUCUACUUUGUGGAUUAAGUAGACUUCCUUCAUCAGCUAUGGUAUAUUUUGGAUUCUACAGUUUUAUUCAGAAUUGUGUUUAAAUUGAUGUUUUGCAUUUUGACUUCAUUUUACGUUAGUUUGAAGUAAGUUAUUUAAUUUUUUUGAACUUCUGGAAAUUUUGAACAUUUUACUGUAAUUUGUAAUAUAACUGCUGUGAAAUACUUGAAUAAAGAUGACAAGAAAACACA